AGAAAAGGAGCCCAUCCAUCCUCUAUUAUUUUGAUCCCAUAUCUAAGUCAGAAUGCCAACAAAUGAAGUACCAAAGAUGUAUAUCUUAAAAGAAGAGACAAAUGCAAUGGGGGCUGCACAAAUAAUGCUUGGCCUAAUUCACAGUGCACUGGGGAUUCUCUGGCUCUCUUUGUACCAGCUAGAAGAAAAGAAACACAGUAUCGGUUGUAAACUUAUGAUAAGUAGCAUCUGUUACCUGUUUGUGUCUGGAACAUUCUUCAUCUACUCAGGAUCCAGCAGUAUAACCCAGGGUGGUUCUUCAAAAUUGCAGCGUCUGUUCGCAGUUAUAGGAAACACCUCAAGUAUCUUCAUGGCUCUAUUUGGUUCAAUGCUAUUAGGAUAUGAAUUUCCAAUUUUUGAAUCAAAAGGAAUUGAAUACAUUUGGUCAAAUAUGGCUGGCAUGAUGCUGCUACAGAUUUCUGUCAUAUCUACCAUCGCAGAGUUGAUUAUUGCAAUCAUAGUGCUCCACUGGUUCACAGGAGCACAUGAGAUUGAAGUAUACUCAGAAGAAAUUUCCCUAGGUCCCUCCAAUUCAGAACUACCAUCACCACUUUCAAAACAGCCAUCUCUACUUGAGUUGGAAACGAUGAGCGAUGAAAAUGAAGAACCCUGA